ACAGGGACGAUCCUAACAGCCGUGAUUUCUAAUCCUGGUGAGAGGCAGAGCAGCAAGUAUCACACAGGAAUGAGUCCUCUGAGAGGUUUCCCCUGGCUUUUGACUUUCCUCCAUGCGGCAGCUGUACAUGCAGGUGCGGGUGGCGCAAAGGUCAACGUGUCAUCGCAGACCUGCCGUCAUCCGUGUGACGAGCUGGUGGACCUGCUCACGGAGAUUCACGGCUUGCGUAUUGUGACCACCAACCUACUAGAAGACCUGGAUAAAGUAUCAAAAGAGAACGAGGAUAUUCGGAUAUCUUUGGACGAGCUGAGCAACAAGAGCAGCAGCAGCAGCAGCAGCGGCGCUGGCAAUGAUCUUGACAGAGACAAGGACGGGGAGGUGUGGUGCAUGCAGGAUGGACGGAUAUACGAGCACGGGGAGGAAUGGGAGGUUGACAGUUGCACUUCCUGCACUUGCCAGGAGGGGAAGGCUGUGUGUCAGGAGGCGUCGUGUCCACCUGUAUCCUGCAUCAAUCCAUCCUUCAUUGAUGGAAGUUGUUGUCCCAUAUGCGUCAGCGAUGAAGAUGGCUGGUCCCCUUGGUCCGAGUGGACGCACUGUUCAGCCACCUGUGGACGUGGAGGCCAGCAGCGGGGUCGAUCCUGUGACGGGAUCAAGCCAUUCUGCGGCGGCCCGUCAGUCCAGACCCGCAGCUGCAUGCUGCCCAAGUGUGACCGCAAGGUGCGCGCUCAUGGGAACUGGGGCCUUUGGUCUCCUUGGUCUGCUUGUACAACUACCUGUGGAGACGGAAACAUCACCAGAGUCCGUCUGUGCAACAAUCCUCCGCCACAGAAGGGAGGCAGAGGAUGCUCGGGCAUCAGCCGAGAGACACAGCCUUGCAACAACACAGUCUGCCCAGUUGCUGGAGGCUGGACGUCCUGGAGUGAGUGGUCACUGUGCUCGCAGUCAUGCGGUGGAGGCCUUGUCACGCGCGACCGGCAGUGUUUGAAUCCUGCACCUCAGAACGGCGGGAAGCCUUGUGCUGGAGAUCCGGUGGACUAUGAAGCCUGUAACAAACAGCCAUGUCCGAUAGACCAGUGCUUGCUAUCAAGUCCUUGUUUUCCUGGAGCAAAAUGCACAUCCAACAGUGAUGGAUCAUGGGAAUGUGGACAUUGUCCACUGGGAUUACGAGGGAACGGCACUCACUGUGAAGAUGAGGAUGAGUGUGAAGUGCAGGGUGUGUGUGUUACGGAGUGUGUAAACACAGACCCUGGGUUCUACUGUCUGCCCUGUCCUCCUCGCUAUAAAGGCACCCAGCCGUACGGCCUUGGACUGCAGGAAGCCCUGAAAACCAGGCAGGUGUGCGAACCGUACAAUCCUUGCAAGGACGGCACACACACCUGCCACAAGUAUGCCGAGUGUGUGUACCUCGGCCUGUCAUCUGAGGUCUUGUACAAGUGUGUGUGCGCCGUCGGGUUUGCCGGCGAUGGCUUUCUGUGUAGUGAAGACUCCGAUCUGGAUGGCUGGCCCAACAACAAACUGCCCUGCAAAAGGAACACCACCUAUCACUGUCAAAAGGAUAAUUGCCCGGCGCUGCCAAACUCUGGGCAGGAAGACUGGGAUAAGGACGGGCAAGGAGACGCCUGCGAUCCAGACGAUGACAACGACGGCAUCUUAGACGAGAGGGACAACUGCCCGCUGGCGUUCAACCCUCGGCAGUUCGACUCGGACCGGGACGGGGUCGGGGACCGCUGCGACAACUGCCCGUUCGAAAGCAACCCACUGCAGACGGACACCGACGGCAACGGCGAAGGAGACGCCUGCAGCAUCGAUGUGGAUGGAGAUGAGGUCCUGAAUGAAUAUGACAAUUGUCCUCUUGUCUACAACUCUGACCAGAGAGACACGGACCUGGAUGGCGUUGGAGACCAGUGUGACAACUGCCCCCUGCUGCACAACCCGCUGCAGCUGGACUCCGACAGCGACCUUGUGGGCGACAUGUGCGACGACAACAUGGACAUCGACGAGGACGGCCACCAGAACUCCCUGGACAACUGUCCCUACGUCCCAAACAGCAGCCAGGCCGACCACGACGGCGACGGCAGGGGAGACGUCUGCGACCACGACGACGACAACGACGGCGUCCCCGACGACCGCGACAACUGCAGACUGGUGCCCAACAGGGACCAGUUGGACUCAGACGGCGAUGGCAGUGGAGACGUAUGCUUUAAUGAUUUUGACAACGACAGCGUUCCUGAUGCGCUGGAUCCCUGUCCGCUCAACCAGGACAUAGGCUCCACAGAUUUCAGGAAGUUCCAGGUUGUGUUGUUGGACCCUAAAGGCACCACGCAGUCUGACCCCCUUUGGGUGAUCCGGAGUGAAGGCACCGAGCUGCUGCAGACUGCCAACUCAGACCCUGGGAUCGCUUUAGGCUAUCACAGGUUCAGUGCGGUGGACUUCAGUGUAACAUUUUAUGUGAACACUAACAGAGACGACGACUACGCCGGCGUCGUGUUCGCCUACCAGUCCAGCCGACGCUUCUAUGUCGUCAUGUGGAAACAGGUGUCUCAAGCUUACUGGGAGAAAAAGCCCUUCAAGGCUUAUGCCAACGCCGGAGUCUCCAUCAAGCUGGUGAACUCCACCACGGGGCCCGGGGAGUACCUGCGCAAUGCCCUGUGGCACACCGGACACAGCAGAAACCAGGUCAGAACGUUGUGGCAUGACCCCAAUAAAAUUGGAUGGAGGGACUACACAGCUUACCGCAUGCACCUUAUCCACCGACCCAAGACCGGGUUCAUCAGGGUGGUGGUGUAUGAGGGCCGGGAGAUACUGUCCGACUCGGGGGCCGUGUACGACCACCACCUGGCUGGAGGCAGACUCGGCCUGUUCGCGUUCUCACAAGAACACGUUCUCUUCUCAGACCUCCGAUACGAGUGCAGAGAUAACUGAAUUCUUUUGCUGGGAAAUUCCAAAAACCUGUCUCACGUCCAUCCAACCAGAGCUCCUCAUUCAUGUCGGAAAACCUUGCUGCAGCUGUGAGAGGGGGCGAAAGAGAAGACGCACCUGGUCCCACUCCUUCUCCAGCCAAGACGAUCAAGCAGUGACCGUCAUCUAUCAGCUUUUUAUGCAACAGUAUUGACUGCAGGCCGUCUCCUCGCUGUAUAUUACUGCCGCGACAGCCUCUCUAAUGACAGUAACUUCUUGUUGCCUUUCAUCUGUGCUUUCCUAAUGGUUGUAAAUAAUUAUUUAUUGCCAGACACCAGAUAUGAGAGGGAUGGAGGGAGGAUGGAUUGAUGAUGGAGACAGGUGAGCAGA